GACGUCAGGCGGAAAAAAUUCCCAUCGUCCAUUGGGAUUCAAGAUGGCCGCUUCUGUCGUGGGUUGACUCGGAUCUUCAUUCGAAGUACAGCGGAGAUAGACGAGAUUUCUUGGAUAGGUGCGAAAGCCAACGUAGGCGUCAUUUCGAAAACCCGAAAGACAAAAAGAUCGAAGGCCGAAUCGGAUAAGACGCGGUGCGGAGCCGUCGAGGACGGUUAUGGAAGAAGCCAGGGUGACAAUUGAUCCGCGUUUCCUUCGAUUUCUACGCAAAUUCGAACUCGACCGUUGAAGAGUCCCCCAUCAAAUCGAACUCGGGUGUUUUUAAAACGUCGUCAAAAUGCAGGAGAACCCCAACGAGUGCAACAUCAAAGUGGUGUGUCGGUUCCGACCGCUGAACGAUGCCGAAGAGAAAGCUGGAAGCAAAUUCAUCAUUAAAUUCCCUCCAAACUCCGAGGAUUGCGUCAACAUCUCGGGGAAGAUUUAUAUGUACGACAAAGUAUUCAAGCCCAACGCCACUCAGGAGAAAGUCUACACUGAAGCCACCAAGGCCAUAGUCAAAGAUGUUCUUAUGGGAUAUAAUGGUACAAUAUUUGCAUAUGGGCAAACAUCUAGUGGAAAAACUCAUACUAUGGAGGGUGUUCUUGGUGAUCCAUUCCAACAAGGUAUCAUCCCACGAAUUAUUAACGAUAUUUUCAAUCAUAUUUAUUCCAUGGAUGAAAACAUUGAAUUCCACAUCAAGGUGUCUUAUUUUGAAAUAUAUUUGGACAAGAUUAGAGAUCUUUUGGAUGUUUCAAAAACAAACCUAUCGGUGCAUGAAGAUAAAAACAGAGUUCCUUACGUUAAGGGUGCCACAGAACGUUUCGUCUCCAGUCCAGAAGAAGUCAUGGAAGUCAUCGACGAAGGAAAAGCCAAUCGUCACAUCGCUGUUACCAACAUGAAUGAGCACAGUUCUCGCAGUCACAGCGUUUUUCUCAUUAACGUGAAACAAGAAAAUUUAGAAAAUCAGAAAAAACUCAGCGGGAAAUUGUAUCUCGUAGAUUUAGCAGGAAGUGAAAAAGUAAGCAAGACUGGUGCAGAAGGAAUGGUAUUAGAUGAAGCUAAAAACAUUAAUAAAUCACUUUCUGCUCUUGGGAAUGUUAUUUCUGCUCUUGCAGAUGGAAAUAAAAGCCACAUUCCUUAUCGAGACAGUAAACUGACUCGAAUUCUUCAAGAAAGUUUGGGUGGUAACUCCAGAACCACAAUUAUAAUAUGUUGUUCCCCAGCAUCAUUCAAUGAAGCGGAAACAAAAUCGACUCUCGAAUUUGGAAGAAGAGCAAAAACUAUCAAGAAUACUGUUAUUGUUAAUGAAGAAUUAACUGCUGAGGAAUGGAAGAGAAGAUAUGAGAAAGAGAAAGAAAAGGUUGCUAAGUUAAAAGCUCAACUGGCAAAAGCUGAUUCUGAAUUAUACAGAUGGAGAAAUGGUGAAAAUGUUCCUCAAGAUGAACAAACAUCUUUGAAAGACUUGGAAACAAGUACGUUGAGUCUGUCAGACACCUCCUCCAUUACAAGCAUUCCGGCAGUUGUGGCAAACGUUCCUUCGGAACCACUCAGCAAUGAUGAAAGAUCAAAGUUUGAAGAAGAAAGAACUCGCUUGUAUGCACAAAUGGAUGAAAAGGAUGAUGAAAUCGAUCGUCAAAGCCAGUUAAUUGAAAAACUUAGAGAACAGAUGUUGGAACAGGAAGAAUUAAUUUCGUCUACCCGUCGAGAUUUUGAAACUCUCCAACAAGAAAUGAACAAAAUUCAACAAGAAAAUGAGUCUGCUAAAGAAGAAGUGAAAGAAGUACUUCAAGCAUUAGAGGAACUUGCUGUUAAUUAUGAUCAAAAGUCUCAGGAAGUAGAAAAUAAGAACAGAGAUUAUGAAAAUCUGAAUGAGGAGUUCAAUCAAAAAAUGUCGCAACUGAACUCUACUCAAAAUGAACUACAACAAAUAAAAGAUAAUUCUUUACAUCAACGACGUCGUGUGACAGAAAUGCUGACUAACUUGUUGAAAGAUUUGGGAGAAAUCGGAGUGGUUCUUGGUGGAAAUACAGCUGACAUGAAGCCUUCAGCAGAUGUUAAUGGAAAAGUGGAAGAGGAAUUUACCAUGGCUCGGUUAUAUAUUAGCAAAAUGAAAUCAGAAGUUAAAGGAUUAGCACAAAGAUGUCAUCAAUUGGAAACUUUCCAGUCUGAUUGCAAUAAGAAAAUUGAUGCUAAUGAAAAAGAUUUAGCUGAAUGCAGACUUCUAAUCAGUCAGUAUGAAAAGAAGAUGGCCUCUCUUCAAGAAUCUAUGAGAGAUGUUGAAAAUAAGAAAAGAUCUUUAGAAGAAGCCGUGGACACGUUAAAUGAAGAAUGUGCUAAACUGAAAGCUGCAGAGGAAAUGCAUAUAAUGUCUAGUAAAGAAAAGGAAAAAGAAAAAGAUACUGCAGAAAAAAUGAAAUUGGCUUUGGAGCAACAGAUAGAGAAACAUCGAGAAACUCACCAUAAACAGUUAGCUGGUCUGAGAGAUGAAAUUGCAGAUAAACAGACUCUUAUUGAUCAACUUAAAGACGCUAACCAGAAACUUUCACUUGCUCAAGAACGUUUGCAACAGGAAUAUGAAAAGUUAAAACAAGAGGAACAAGAAAAGAGUCAGAAACUGCAAGAAUUAAUGUUACUCAGUGAUAGACGUGAGCAAGCUCGUCAGGAUUUGAAAGGAUUGGAAGAGACUGUCGCUAAAGAACUGCAAACAUUGCAUAAUUUACGCAAAUUGUUCGUUCAAGAUCUUCAGAGCAGGGUUAAGAAAUCUGCAAUCGGUGACGAUAAUGAAGAUAGUGGGGGAAGUCUCGCACAAAAGCAAAAAAUAGUUUUCUUGGAAAACAAUUUAGAACAACUUACUAAAGUCCAUAAGCAGUUGGUACGUGAUAAUGCCGAUCUCAGAUGUGAGCUACCAAAAUUAGAGAAGAGAUUAAGAGUUACAAUGGAGAGAGUGAAAGCUCUGGAGACUGCUCUUAAAGAAGCUAAAGAAAAUGCCAUGCGUGAUCGUAAAAGGUAUCAGUAUGAGGUCGAUCGUAUCAAGGAAGCAGUCAGGCAAAAGAAUCUUUCUAGAAGAGGCCACAUGGCACAGAUUGCAAAACCUAUUCGAGCCGGUCAACAUCACGGAAUUCCCACUCUCAGGCCUGGUAUGAUACCGUAUCAGUCUCCCGCAGCAAUGGAAAGAAGUAUGAAUGCCAUGAAUGCAGCCGAUGGUGAUGGACGCAGAAUUCCAAACAUUUCUUCAGAUAUGUCUGCUAUGAAAGCUCGUAACAAAAAAUCGUCACCAGCCAAAAGUUCGGUGGUGGGAAAAGAAGCCGGGGAAAGUUAAUGAGUAUAAGAUGCAAAUAGUCCAGUGAAAGUUCUUGUAUUUUAUGUCGAAUCCUUCCCCAUUGCCCGAACAUUCUGAAGCCAGCUUUUGUGUGUGGUGUACACGUAUACGGUGAUCUCGUUUGGGAAAGGUGCAACAGUCGACACUUCUUUAUUUAUCACGUAGCGUAUCCGUCACCUAAACCAAAGACGUUUAUUCCGUAGGUUCGUGUAGAUAAUCUUCUCUACAUAAAUUUGCAGCUUGUGAAAAAGUUUAUAUAUAUACAUAAAUAUAUAUAUAUACAUACAUACAUAUAAAUAUUAUUUCGUCGAUGUAUUUUUGUGUUCCGUCUGUUGAAUGGGACUCGGCUGUGAUGUAAUUACGACGUAAAUGUGAUUUACGUUCGAUGGGUACGAUCUCUUCUCCGUCGUACCACUCCAACAGAGUGGAAAGAAGCGGCGUUAGAUUUAUACGAUUGUUUCCUAGUUUCUCAGGUUUCGUUUAAGAACUAUUAUUAUUAUUGUUAUUGUUAAAGUGAUUUUUGUUUAUUAUGAUUAUUAGAAAGAGCAGGCAGCUUCCUAUCUUUGUUUCUCUUACGACAAGCUUGGCAUUGGCAGUUAAACACUCUCCCUAUUAUGGUGCUUGUAAAUGAUCUGUAUCCUGGCAGAUAUCACAUGAUAGGUGAGAUCGUUAGUAUUAUUUUUACAAAAGAUUACGACCAGAGGUUUUUAACGCUCGCACCUAUUAAAAGAUACGGUCAAGUUCUUUAACGAGCAUACUCUCGCACCCAUCGACGUCCUUAUACAAAACUAUUUAUAGAGGUACACGUAACCUUGGGAAGGAUCGGAGAAAAUUCAAUACUUUCUUUUUUGAUUUUAUAUUCGAUCGUGUGGAUAAAAUUAAUAUUUGCAAAAUUUAUUUUGUAGUUUAAUAUAUUUUGAGAGAUCAGAAUGGGUUCCACCCCUGUGGAAUACUUCUAAUCUUUCAUGCGUAUGAUGAAUUCAAAUCUUAUUCCAAUAUUUAUGGAACCAUAAAGAGUAGAAUAAAAAUAAUCUGGAAAAUCGAACCGGAAGAGAAUGCACUAGAUGAUUUAACAGCGCAGUUUGUUAAAUAGCCAUCAUCGUCAUAAAUCUCUAGAUUGUCUAACGUAAUAUUUUCCGACACGGAGUCAGUCUCGAGAGACGUACUACAUUUAUUAUUUUGUGGUAAACCCGAAAUAGCCAAAUUGUUUGGAUAUUUCUGCGUGAAUCUGCGCAGCUUCUCAACGAUUGCACUGUAUCACUCUAUAGACUAAUAAUAAAGUUUAAAAUUUUCCUGGUUU